CCUCCAAGUAUUGAAGGCCCUGAACAAGAGCUGCUCAGUGAAGCCAUCAGUAAUCCUGUCACCUUUGUGUGUGACGCUACUGGAAUUCCUCCACCAACAUUACUGUGGCUCAAGAAUGGAAAACCAAUAGAAAACUCAGAUUCUCUUGAAGUUCACGUUUUAUCUGGUGGAAGCAAACUCCAGAUUGCUCGUGCUCAGCUCCUGGACAGUGGGACCUAUACAUGCAUUGCCUCCAAUGUAGAGGGAAAAGCUCAGAAAACCUAUGUGCUUUCCAUCCAAGUUCCUCCUAACAUCGUUGGCGCUGAGAUGCCGAGUGAGGUCAGUGUCCUCCUGGGGCAGAGCAUCCAGCUUGUCUGCAGUGCCACUGGAGUGCCCACACCAGACGUGCAGUGGCUUAAGGAUGGAAAACCAGUUCCCAGGGAUGAUUUUCCACGAAUAAGAGUGACUCCAGAUGGCAGCACAUUAAACAUUUCCAGAGCUCUCAGUUCAGAUACAGGGAAAUACACUUGUGUGGCUACUAACCCUGCAGGAGAGGAAGACAGGAUUUUCAACGUGAAUGUGUAUGUGCCUCCCACCAUAGCCAACGGCAGGGUCGAGGCAGAGGAGCUCACUGCUGUUUUGGACACCUCCCUAAAUAUUGAAUGUGCUGCUGCUGGGACCCCCCCACCACAGAUACACUGGCUGAAGAAUGGCCUUCCCCUUGCUGUCUCCUCCCAAGUCACUCUGCUGUCUGCUGGGCACAUCCUCAGGCUUGCCCGAGUGCAGACAGCUGAUGCUGCUGUGUACACUUGUGUAGCAUCUAACAGGGCUGGAGUGGACAACAAACACUACAACCUGCAAGUUUUUGUGCCCCCGAGCUUGGACAACGCCGGGGGAACGGAGGAGGUGACGGUGCUGAGGGGCAGUGCCGCUGCCAUGAGCUGUCUGACUGAUGGCACUCCUGCCCCCAACGUGUCCUGGUUUAAAAAUGGACAUCCUCUGAGCCCUGGGCCUCACCUGACCUCGAGGAACCAAGGGAUGGUCCUUCACUUUGUCCAAGCAGAGGUUGGAGACACGGGCAAAUACACCUGUGUGGCAUCCAAUGAGGCUGGAGAUGUCAGCAAGCACUUUGCCUUGGAAGUGCUGGAGCCACCUCACAUCAAUGGUUCAGAUGAACCAGAAGAACUCUCUGUCAUCGUUAACAACCCUCUUGAACUUCUCUGCAUCUCCUCUGGCAUUCCAGCCCCCAAAAUCUCCUGGAUGAAGGAUGGGCGCCCACUUCUGCAGACAGAUCAUGUCCAUGUGCUAAGAGAAGCUCUUCGAAUAACCAGUGCUCAGGUGGAGGACACAGGAAGAUACACAUGUUUGGCCUCCAGCCCAGCAGGAGAUGAUGACAAGGAGUAUUUAGUACGAGUGCAUGUUCCUCCUAACAUUGCUGGUACCAGUGUGCCCCAGGACCUCACUGUGCUGCAGAACAGACAAGUUAUCCUGGAGUGCAAAUCAGAUGCUGUGCCACCUCCCACAAUCUCCUGGCUCAAAAAUGGAGAGCUCCUCGAGGGGACUCCUCGGGUGCGGAUCCUGUCGAGCGGGAGGUACCUGCAGAUCAACAACGCUGCCCUGGGGGACACAGCCACCUACACCUGCAGAGCAAGGAAUGUGGCAGGAGAGAUGAGCAGGGAGUUCGUGCUGACAGUGCAUGUGGCUCCCUCGAUCCGGAGCAGUCCCCACACUGCUGUGGUGCACAUCAAUGCAUCUGCUCUGCUGGAGUGUGCUGCAGGAGGAGUGCCAACCCCCAGAAUCACCUGGAGGAAGGAUGGGGCUGUUCUGACUGGGAACAACUCAAGAUAUUCCCUGUUAGAGGAUGGAUCUCUACACAUCCCCUCAGCACACGUUACUGACACAGGGAGAUACAUGUGUAUGGCCACCAACACAGCUGGCACUGAGCGCAAGCGAAUCGAUCUGCAGGUUCUUGUUCCUCCAACUAUUGCUCCUGGGCAGACAAAUAUCACAGUUACUGUAAAUGUGCAGACCACUUUGCCUUGUGAAACCACUGGAAUUCCCAGACCAGCAGUUAGCUGGAAAAAGAAUGGGCAUCUGCUUAGUGUUGACCAGAACCAGAACACAUACAGACUUCUGUCUUCAGGCUCCUUAGUAAUCAUUUCUCCCACUGUGGAUGACACUGCUGUCUAUGAGUGCUCUGUGUCAAAUGAUGCAGGAGAAGAUCAAAGAGCAGUUGAGCUCACUGUUCAAGUCCCCCCAUCCAUAGCAGAUGAAGCCACAGACCUGCUGGUAACAAAACUAUCUCCAGUCAUGAUUUCCUGCACCUCCUCCGGAGUUCCUGUCCCCUCAGUUCACUGGACCAAAAACGGCGUGAAAUUGCUGCCCAGAGGAGAUGGCUAUAGAAUUCUCUCUUCAGGAGCUGUUGAAAUCCCCUCUGCCCAGCUCGCCCACUCCGGCCGGUACACGUGCGUGGCGCGGAACGCCGCGGGCUCGGCUCAGCGACACGCCACUCUGCACGUGCAGGAGCCACCAGUUAUCCAGCCUCAGCCAGGGACGUUGGAUGUCAUUGUGGGCAAUCCCAUUGUGCUGCCGUGCGAAGCUGCGGGCACACCUCGGCCUGUGGUCACCUGGCAGAAGGAGGGCAUCAACAUCAUCCCCACAGGUGACAGUUACAUGGUUCUUCCAAGUGGCAGUUUAAAGAUUGCAAAAGCAGCUGUGGAAGAUGCUGGCACUUACAUGUGCAUUGCUCAAAAUCCAGCUGGCACUGCUCUGGGGAAGAUCAAACUGAAAGUUCAAGUUCCUCCCGUUAUCAAGUCCCAGCUCCAGGAAUAUGUUGUUGCUGUUGAUCAGUCUGUCACUCUGCAGUGUGAGGCUGAAGGCUACCCUGGGCCAGAGAUCAGCUGGCAUAAGGAUGGGCAGGAGAUAACAGAGUCCAUGAGGAGGAGAAUCCUCAGCACUGGUGCCCUGCAGAUCGUGUUUGUGCAGCCUGGGGACACUGGUCGUUACACCUGCACAGCAGCAAACCCAGCAGGGUCCAGCACCUCCAGCAUGGAGCUCACUGUGCACAUUCCCCCCAGGAUCCGCAGCAUGGACGAGCAGUACACAGUCACCGAGGGCUCCCAGGCUGUCCUGUCCUGUGUGGCUGAUGGGAUUCCCACACCAACAAUAAGCUGGAAGAAGGACAACGUGCUGUUAACAGAGGCUGUAGGAAAAUACAGGGCUGUGGCAGGUGGAGACCUCGUUUUGGACAAUGUUGUUCCUGAAGACUCUGGCAGUUACACCUGUGUUGCUACCAGUGCUGCUGGAGAGGACACACACACGCUCACCCUGAUGGUUCAUGUACUCCCAACUUUUACUGAACUGCCUGGAGAUGUAGCUUUGACUAAAGGAGAACAGCUCAGAUUAACCUGCAAAGCAUCUGGGAUACCUGUACCCAAAAUAACAUGGACCUUUAACAAUAACAUCAUUCCAGCUCAUGUGUGCACAGCAGAAAACACAGUGGGCUCAGUCAGAGCUAUUGGGUUUGUGUAUGUCAAAGAGCCUCCAGUCUUCAAAGGGGAUUAUCACUCCAGCCGAAUCGAGCCCUUGGGGGGCAAUGCCAUGUUGAAUUGUGAAGUCAGGGGAGAUCCACCUCCAACCAUCCAGUGGAGCAAAAAAGGAGUUGGAGUUCAGAUCAGCCACAGGAUCCGACAACUUACCAAUGGCUCCCUGGCUAUCUAUGGCACCGUGAAUGAAGAUGCUGGUGACUACAAGUGCGUGGCUGCCAACGAUGCUGGCGUGGUGGAGCGCAGCCUGACGCUGACACUGCAGAGCCCCCCAGUCAUCACCGUGGAGCCCAUGGAGACUGUUGUUGAGGCUGGUGCCACAGCAGUGCUGAACUGCCAGGCCAGUGGAGAACCUCCUCCCACCAUCAGGUGGUCCCGCCAAGGUCUCGCGGUGGCGAGCGAUGACAGAGUGACCAUCCUGUCCAACGGCUCUUUGCGCAUCGCUGCGGCACAGAGGGAGGACACGGCGGAAUACGAGUGUGAGGCCAGGAAUCUGAUGGGAUCAGUUCUGCUCAGAGUGCCUCUGACUGUCCAGGUGCACGGGGGGUUUUCCAGCUGGCUGGCAUGGCAGGCGUGCAGUGCCAGCUGUGGUCACGGUGUCCAGCAGCGCGUCCGGCAGUGCAACGCGCCCGUCCCGGCCAACGGCGGGAAAAAGAGCUGCGAGGGGCCCGACACAGAGCGGCGCAGCUGCCACAGCAAACCGUGUCCAG